UUAUCCCGGUGGGCGGAACAAAUCGUCAAGGGGCACAACCUCACCGUGCACCUGUUUGUGACCGAAGUUUUUAAACAUGGACGUGGGAAAUGCUUGGAAAGUUUUGCUGCUUUUCUGCAUCUGCAGCCUUGUUUGUGGAAAGACAGCAGACAAGCCGAUAGAACUUACCGAGGACAACUGGCAGGACAUAUUGGAAGGAGAAUGGAUGGUUGAAUUCAUGGCGCCGUGGUGCCCGGCAUGCCGGUCCUUCAAGGAGACGUGGGACAGUUUUGCCAAAUGGAGCAAGGAUCUGGAUGUAAAUGUUGGCAUAAUCGACGUCACCGAGAACCCAGGUCUGAGUGGUCGUUUUUUUGUGACAGCACUACCAACCCUUUAUCAUGUCCGAGAUGGAGUGUUCCGCCAGUAUCACGGCUCCAGGAAAGAAUCUGACCUCAUCAGCUUCGUCGAUGACUACAAGUGGAGGGACAUUGAUCCAGUGUCGGGCUGGCUUGCUCCCAACUCUAUACAGAUGUCCACUGUCGGGUUAUUCUUCAAGGCUGCCAUGGUUAUUCGUUCCUUCUACACGACCAUGACCUCGGAGUACGGCAUCCCGGAGUGGGGGUGCUACCUCAUCUUCGCUGUCCUCACCAUUGUCUCAGGCCUCCUCCUCGGGCUGCUCAUCGUGUGUUGCUGUGAUGUGCUGUUUCCGCCCAAAUACCAAAGUGUGAGAGUCAUUCAGGAGCAGCCUCAAGGGAUGGGAGAUACUAUGGACAGGGAGGACAAGGAUGAUGAUAUCAUUGAUGACACAAAACAAACAGAUAGUGAUGAUGAUGAUGAAACUUCUUCAACCACACGACGGAGACAAGUACAGAAGGCGGAAUGAGAGGCCAUCAGAUCGUGGGUGUCUGCAGCGAGUGUGUGUGGUAUAAGGUAGUGUGGCUGCUCAUUGUACGAGUGAGGGAAGCAAGAUUCGCAACAUGCAGUAGUGUCUGUUUUAUGAAUGAUGGAUGCAUGUUUUCUUGUGUCAUGUAAUAAUUCAAAUUCAAAGGGACAUAACUCUGUACCCAUAAUUUCUUUAUCUGAAAGUUUGAUCACUGCUUUCACUUGGAAUGGUAUCUAGGCAAACAGGGUUUAGUGUAGAGGUUAGAAUGAUAUAUGAAUUUUAGACAUUAUAUUUAAAUAAGGAAAUGGGAAAUUUAUUUCAAAUAGCUAGUAUGUUUGACAUUCACUGAUCAAUGUCGGUGAAACUUCACAAUCAAAAGUUGUCAUAAAACAUGUGAACCAUGGCUGGAGGGCUGUCACCCCAAGUAGUCCACCAACAAUGUAGAUUGUUGUCUGAAAAAAUGGGCUUUGAUUAGUUCAUCUUCCUUGACCAAAGCCGUGGACUUCAGUAACUUGUUGGUGAUUGUUGAGUAACUGAUCGUUUGACAGUAUCCAGCGCAUGGGGAGACUGAUGGUUGUUAUAGUUGUCGAUCAAAGACGUUGUCAUGAUCUCAGUGCCAACAAUGUCAGGGGCUGACCAUACCUAUAUUAUAUUAUCAAAACUACAAAUUAUACUUUUAUUAAAAGUGUGAUUGGGAAGAGCUUUAUUCAGUUAGAAGGAGUUGUUUGGUGAGUAGUUUUUGAACGAUUAUAGAUUUGCCUGUCUUUUUUCAGGCUAAGUUAUUGUUUUAUCAAUAAUUUAGAUUUUAAUGUGUUGCAAAUAUUCUGCCCACGUCAGAGGUACAAUUUGAUCAGUGUUCAGUAUUAGCAAUGAAUAGUUUAUUUAAAUUUGCAUCAUAAUUAAAACUGUUUUAGUUGCUAGAGAGCAGUGAAUAUUGAUUACAGUACGAAACGGUUCAGUGGAUUUAAAUACUAGUAUGGUAUGUGAAAAACAGUGCAAGUAGUUCCAAGGAGAUUGACGUAAGUAGUUGCCAUGGUUACAGGAUUCCUGUCGUCCAACACAACCCUUGUAUUGAAUUAUUUAUGUAGAUCAACAAUGGUCUUUUACAUUCAGCAUCAUGACCUCGCUGUUACACAGUUUAUAGCCAACACACGCAGGGAUGACUGGGACACCGUACUAUUGCAGAGUUGUGUCCCUUAGUUGUGCCAGAAUCUGAUGAUCUGGGACUAGAAUUCCAGAUUUGUUUUGAUUGUGAUUCUUGGUUUGUCAGCACCAUCCCUGGGCUUGUGGGUGUCACCAAUGUGGUAAAAGUGUUGGGCCUGCAUCACCUUGAGCCCCCCCCGCCCCCCCCCCCCCCUCCGACAUGGACGUUCCGUGAUGUGACUGAAAAGCAGUUCAAAGCUCAAAGCAAUGGUGAACUGAUCUGGUUUCCCGUUAAUUACCUUUUUAACAGUAUAGCCACAUGUGUAUGUUAUGCCACACCCUCUUUACAUAUCAUUUCAUUCCUGAUAGUAGAAUCGGUUAAGAUUGUUGCUCAAGGCUGCAAGUGAUCCGUUAUCUGGGUGUGCAAGUCUUUGUCAGUUAUUUCGAUUUUUUUCUUCUUCCUGGCUGUGUGUGUGUUGAUCAUUUCAUAAGUUUGGGAUGAAUAGGUUAAAAAAAGCAUGAAUCAUAGUUCAGUGAACCCUGAAAGGUUUGUUUUAAUAUAUGUCUCCUGCCUAUCGAAUUUAGAUGAAAAUGUGAUAAUUAAUGUAGAGAGGCCUAAGUGACUCCCUCCUCACAUGUUGGCUAAUAAGUUGGGUGCGUGUGUCUUGUGUGAGUGUGAAGUCUGUGAGUGAGUGAGUGAGUGAGUUGGGCGUCCGCUGCUUUGGGUUGAUGUGCAGCUUGUACACAGCAUUCCUCUGUAGUAUGUAUAUAGAUGAAUUGUGUGUAUUCCUAAUGUAGCAGACCAGGGGAUGACAUGUCCCCUAUGUGCCUGUGUGUACUUUUAUUAAUAACACUGGUGGGGUUUUAAAGUUGCCUUUUUCGUGUGGAAUAUUAUGUGCACAGUCAAAGAUCGUUGUGUCAAACUCUGAUGUGUCGAACUUAUGAUUGUCUCAAGGUAAAAGCUUGGUCCCUACGUAUUCCUUCUUUAUUCAUCAUUUUCGAUUGUGUCAAACCUCGGAUAACUUGAAAUAACAGUGUUUGACUGUAUUUGGGGUUGAGAUACAGCAAUGAUGCAAGAAUUAACUUAAUCUUUUGAAUAGUAGAUUGCUUAUAUAGUGCUAAAAUCAUCACAAAAUCAGUGAUUUCCCAAUGACAAACCUGACAUCAUUUUUAUCAUUUUAAAAAAACUUUUCAAAGAAUGUUUGUGUAAUUAAUACUUGGUAUGUGGAUGGGCAAUGCAAUCCAAGGUUAUUUGAAGAUAUUGGUUAAAGCAGCGCAAAACCAUACUCACUCACUCACUCACAGUAAUUGAUCGUCUUUGACAGGUGUAUUAAUGAUGCCAACACGAGAAUGUGGUGCUUAUGUGUUGUCUUUCUAGUAGAAACAUCAGUCCAUGGUAGAAGACACUAAAAUUUGCUGUGCAGAGUUACAUCCCUUAGCUUUACCAGGAUGUACUGAUCUUUGGUAAGAAUCUCAAAUUCACACCGAAUUUUGAUCGUUGGUCUCAGCACCAUAUUUGUGCUGAUUAUUUCAACCAAGUGGUGAACAUCUCUGCUUCGAGUUGGACUUCCCUCCAUCAUCAACAUGACACCAUCCCAUGACUGAAGUACGACUCACUGUGACACAGAACGGCAGCAUAUUGCCAGCUGUAGUUAAUGUGAAGGAAAUGAGAUUGUUUUGGUUAGAAUUGAUGACGAUGCUGGUUUUGAAAAAUAACCAACCUUUCGCUGUUCCUUUGAUUUUAUGAUUGCCUGUUCAAGUUGUGAGUUAAGUCUGACGCACUGAAAUAUUGUUUAUUAAUCUAUAUUGUGUUAAUUGCGCACCAUGAUAUUGUCAUACUGGAAUUACCAUAUGCCAUCGAUUGUGUAUGAAUGAUAUACAAAGUUCUGUUUAAUUUAUGAUUUACCAUGUAAUUGUAUAACUUCCACAUGGAGAUAAAGCGUGCAACUUUUACAUGUACCCCACUUGUCCUAUGAUUCUGCUUUUACAAGACAUGAUUCACGAUGCAUGUUUUUAAUGUCCUUGACACUUACAAUAACUUUAGUUCAAUUAAUUAGUGUUCCUAUGUGUCUGUUGACCAAACACUGCCCAGAUAGAGUUGGAGGGAAAUGGGUAUACCGAUACUGGUUGAUGAACUCGUUACGAAAGGAGUUCACAGAAAUGGUUUGCACAGCAGCGAAAUCUAUGCAUUAAUUAAUGUUCAGUUACAUGUUUUUUUAUAAGAAAAGCGCAACUAGUUUUAGAUUGAAAGCUUCAACCAUUCCUGCUACAUGUUUGCCAUUUUGACAUACUUCCUCUGUUGAUGAAGCCUAACAGCUGAGAUGAUGUUCUCAUUAAUAAGCAAUAGCUCUGAAAGUCAUCACAGAAAAGUUUAAUUCAGCAGCUAUGUUGUGCCAACUGCCUCAAGUGGCAUGGUCAUCAGUGCUUUUAAUGCUAUUUUUGUAAAUAAAAAUAUUUUCUAUUUU